AUGCAGAUCAACGCACAUGAGGAAAACAUCGAACCAGAACCUGACACUUCAAGUCAGCUGGACGAUUCAACUCUGGAGUCGGACGACGAUGACUACUUCGUCGACGACGAGAUAAAUUUUCACGUGGAAGAAGUAACGGGAAUAAGAAACCAUUUGACUGAUACAUUUUUAUAUAAACUCAAAAUUACAAAAAACAAAUUGAACAGUUUGUAUCCCAGAAGACACAAAAGAGGUUUGAUAAAUGCAUUAGGAAGUGUGAUUAAAUUUGUUGCAGGAAACCCAGACCAAGAUGACAUUGAACUCAUACAGCAUAACUUAGGAAACAUUCAAUUUGCAGAAAAUCACAUUAUAAAAAAUCAAAAUAAACAGAUUAAAAUUAACAAUGAAUUGCAAAAAACAGUAAACAAAGUGUCAAUUACAGUAGCUAAAAUAGUCAAACAAUUAAGAACAAAUAGUGGAAAUAUUAGGAAAGAUGUUGAAGAAAUUAACUUAAUUCUGAAUUUGGAUAUAAUAAUACAAACACUAGAAGACAUAGAAGAGCAGUUUAUAUUUUCAAAAUCAAAUAUUUUAAACAAAAAUAUCUUAUCAUCCGCAGAUAAAGAUUACAUUAUUGAAUUUUUCAAAAAUCAAGGAAUUAAACUUCAUUUCGAGGACCAAAUUUUCAAAUUUGUUAAUUGCAUUGCAAUACUCAAAGAUGAUCAUGUAGAAAACGAGGAGUAUGACUUAAUACAAUUAGAGACGACCAACAUUAAUAGAAGAAGAAUCAACUUGGAUACUCAAUACGUAGCCAAAUACAAGAAGUUCAUCUACAAGCAGAGCGACAAAUGCGUUUUAUGCGACAACACUCACAAACUUAACGAUGGGUUCGUCUACAACAUACUUACCAACCAAGCAGCCACGUGCAACAUGUCCAAAGAUAACAACCAAAUCAUAAUUAGAGAUAUCACUCCAGGCAUCAUACUACUGGACAGCAGAAGAGGUGUCCACGUAUUAGACUCCUGCGGAGACGACCGAAUCAUAGAAGCCCCUACAAUCAUAGAAACUGAAAACUGCACGGUAAAAAUCCUAAACCAAACAUUUUUACAAAAUUUUCAAACCACAUCGAGUCCCGAGUUUUCUACACCGAUCUUCGGGAAGCAAAAGAAACCGAACAAUCAUCCCCCAAGCAUGGAAGAAAUCCACCAAGUGAAUUUGGAAAACCUGGAAGAACUCACAAGGAUUCGAUUGCAGCUUUUCAAAUCACAAACGAUUGGAGGAUUCGCCAUUGCCUCCAUAACCAUUUUUCUUUUGAUUGUAGUCUCCACAUCUCCACAGAUAUCGAAAGCAUUGUCGUG